AUGGCACCCAUCACUCCCGAGAUCACUUCCAGCAUGCACUGGCUUUCCCAAAUGGACGUUAACGUUGAACCUACCAUCACUCGCAAGUCCACCAUUAUCGGCACUAUCGGUCCCAAGACCAACAGCGUCGAGAUGAUCACCCAACUUCGUAAUGCUGGUUUGAACGUUGUUCGUAUGAACUUCUCGCACGGCUCAUACGAGUAUCAUCAAUCGGUCAUUGAUAACACCCGCAAGAGUGCCGAAUUAUAUCCUGGCAGACCCGUUGCCAUUGCUUUGGACAAUAAGGGUCCUGAGAUCCGUACUGGUAACAUGCGUGACAAUGUUGAGUGCCCUAUCUCUGCUGGUCACGAGAUGAUCUUCAGCGUCAACGAAGAAUACAAGGACAUUUGCGAUGACAAGGUCAUGUAUGUUGACUACAAGAACUUGCCCAAGGUGAUCGAAGUUGGCAAGCUUAUCUAUGUCGAUGAUGGUGUUCUUUCCUUUGAAGUUUUGGAGGUCAAUGGUGAGGAUAUUCGUGUCAAGGCACGCAACAGCGGCAAGCUUUGUGCACACAAGGGUGUCAACCUUCCUGGUACCGAUGUCGAUUUGCCUGCCCUCUCUGAAAAGGACAAGGCUGAUUUGCGAUUUGGUGUCAAGAACAAUGUCGAUUUUAUCUUUGCAUCAUUUAUUCGCCGUGGCCAAGAUGUCAAGGACAUUCGUGAAGUUUUGGGUGAGGAUGGCAAGAACAUCAAGAUCAUCUCCAAGAUCGAAAACCACCAAGGUGUCCAAAACUUUGAUGAAAUCCUUAAGGAGACUGAUGGUGUGAUGGUUGCUCGUGGUGAUAUGGGUAUUGAGAUUCCUCUCGAACGUGUCUUCAUUGCCCAAAAGAUGAUGAUCACCAAGUGCAAUCUUGCUGGCAAGCCCGUUAUCUGCGCUACUCAGAUGCUGGAAUCUAUGACUUACAAUCCUCGUCCUACUCGUGCUGAAGUCUCUGAUGUUUCUAAUGCUGUUUUGGAUGGUGCCGACUGUGUGAUGCUUUCUGGUGAGACUGCCAAGGGUAGUUAUCCUGUUGAAGCUGUUCGCACUAUGCACGAGAUUUGCUCCCUUGCCGAGUCCGUGCUUUGUUACCCUGCCGUAUUCAAUGAGCUUCGCUCGCUUACUUCAUUGCCUACUGAGACCACUGAAACCGUUGCUUCUGCUGCUGUGAGUGCUGCUAACGAGCAAAAUGCUGGUGCCAUCAUUGUGCUUUCCACCUCUGGCAACAGUGCUCGUCUUAUCAGCAAGUACCGCCCCAAGGCACCCAUUGUUGUCGUUACUCGUAACCCACAAACCGCACGUCAAGUUCACUUGUAUCGUGGAUGCUUCCCUCUUUUGUAUCCCAAGGCUGCCAGCAGUGGUCAAUCCACUUCACGCAUGUCCGCAAGUGCUGCUCACUUGAGCCCUGCUGAUGUUGCACCAUGGCAAGAAGAUGUAGAUCAGAGAUUACUUUGGGGAAUGGAGCAAGCGAAAAAGUAUGGUCUUUUGAAGGGUGGUCAACCUAUCGUUGCUGUCCAGGGCUGGAAGGGUGGUCUUGGCAACACCAACACUCUUCGUGUCCUCUUUGCUCCCUAA